CCACGUGACAAUAUGAAAACUGUAUAUUUUUUAUUACAAUUACAUUGAAACUAGACACUCAAUUCAUUUGGAUCAUCAGUAUCAUGGCGGCGAUGUUGAAGGAUAAGGGACAGCUUUUGUUUGAGGAUAAAUGGCCAGCCAUGAGACCACUUAUCCUUAAACUAUUGCAGCAGGAGCACGUAUCGAAGCCUGAGUGGCAGGAACUCUUUUAUUCGGUGCACUUGGUAUGCCUGUGGGAUGAGAAGGGACCACUGAAGGUUAAAGAGGCACUGAAGGAUGACAUAAUGGAUUUUAUUAAGAAAGCCCAACAGCGAGUACUUGCACAUCAUGAAGAUCAAGCUCUUCUGAAGGCUUACAUUGCUGAGUGGCGGAAGUUCUUCGCACAGUGUGACUACCUGCCAACUCCCUUCAGACAGUUGGAAUCAUCCCUUGCUGGCAAGAACAUCACUGUUCAAAAGAAAGGUCAAAGUGAUGAAAGCAUAGUAAGAAAGCUAAUGUUGGACAGCUGGAAUCAGAGCAUCUUUUGUGACAUUAAGCAGCGAUUGCAGGACUCAGCCAUGAAGUUAGUCCAUGCAGAGAGGAAUGGAGAGGCAUUUGAUUCACAGUUGGUUAUUGGAGUCAGAGAAUCUUAUGUCAAUCUGUGUUCUAAUCCUGAAGAUAAGCUUCAGAUCUACCGGGAAAAUUUUGAGAGAGCCUAUAUGGAUGCUACAGAAGAAUUCUAUAAAAUGAAAGCACCUCAGUAUCUUCAAGCAAAUGGUGUUCAGAAUUACAUGAAGUAUGCAGAUGCCAAACUUAGGGAAGAAGAGCAACGUGCGCAGAAGUACUUGGAGUCAUGUAGUGGAUCAGUGCAAAUUCUUACAGAAUGCUGUGUAAAUGCUCUAGUAACAACAUUUAAAUCUACAAUUCUUGCUGAAUGUGCUGAUAUGAUUAAAGGAAAUGAAACAGACAAACUCCAGUUAAUGUUUAAGUUAAUGGAUCGAGUUCCACUUGGUAUAGCCCCCAUGUUAAAAGACUUGGAGGAUCAUAUAGUGAAUGCUGGACUAGCAGAAAUGAUUGCUGCUGCUGACAUCAUUACACAGGAUUCUGAGAAGUAUGUGGAAAGGCUCUUGGAAUUGUUCAACCAGUUCAGCUUGCUAGUGAAAGAAGCAUUCAAUGAUGAUCCCAGAUUUCUUACUGCCAGAGAUAAAGCCUACAAACAAGUUAUAAAUGACACACAAGUAUUCCGAUUGGAACUGCCAAGUAAACAGACUGUAGGUAUAAAAUCUCAACCCGAGUCUAAGUGUCCCGAAUUACUAGCCAACUACUGUGAUAUGCUGCUAAGGAAAACACCUCUUAGUAAGAAACUUACCUCUGAUGAAAUAGAAAGCAAAUUGAGGGAUGUGCUAUUAGUACUAAAAUAUGUCCAGAACAAAGAUGUUUUUAUGAGAUACCAUAAAGCUCAUUUAACACGACGUCUAAUCCUUGAUACUUCAGCUGAUUCUGAAAAAGAGGAAAAUAUGGUUGAGUGGCUUAGAGAAGUUGGUAUGCCAGCAGAUUAUGUAAAUAAACUAGCCAGGAUGUUCCAAGAUAUUAAAGUUAGUGAAGAUCUGAAUCAACAGUUCAAAGAGCAAUACAGGAGCACAAAAGGUAGUAUAGCAGAGUCAAUUAAUAUCAAGAUUUUGAAUGCGGGUGCUUGGGCUAGAGGUAGUGAACGGGUCACAGUUUCUCUUCCUCUAGAACUUGAAGAUUACAUACCAGAAGUUGAAGAUUUCUACAAGAAAAAACAUAGUGGCAGGAAGCUCCAGUGGUAUCAUCAUAUGUCCAAUGGAACAAUAACAUUUGCUAAUGCAGUAGGAAGAUUUGAUGUCGACGUGACAACAUUCCAAAUGGCAGUACUCUUUGCAUGGAAUCAGCGCCCCGUUGAUAGAAUUUCUUACGAAAAUUUAAGGUUAGCAACAGAGCUACCUGAUCCAGAACUCCGAAGAACAUUAUGGUCUCUAGUGGCAUUUCCAAAAUUAAAAAGGCAAGUUCUUUUGUUUGCUCCUGAAGUUCAGUCUCCAAAGGAUUUUGAUGAAAAUACAAUAUUCUGGGUAAACCAGGAAUUUGCACUGGUCAAAAAUGGAAAGCUACAAAAACGUGGGAAAGUGAACUUAAUUGGUAGAUUACAGUUAUCAACAGAGAGAAGUAAAGAAGAAGAUAAUGAAAGCAUUGUUCAGCUCAGGAUACUUCGAGUCCAGGAAGCAAUUAUCAAGAUCCUCAAGAUGCGGAAACGAAUCACCAAUGUUCAGCUUCAAACAGAACUGGUGGAUAUCCUGAAAAAUAUGUUUCUUCCCAGUAAGAAAAUGAUAAAAGAACAAAUAGAGUGGCUUAUUGAGCACAAGUAUAUGAAACGAGAUGAGGAUGAUAUCAACACAUUCAUUUACAUGGCCUGAAACUACCUUCUUUUCUUGUGCCUCAAAAGUGUUGCCAGGUAGAAUGCUUAUUGUGAAGGGUAAUCGACGGUCCAGAGUGAACAAAACAGAGAUGCAAAAUAAAGGCAUUUUAUACCAGCUGUGCUAAGUAUGCUUGAUUAUUCAGCAUGUUUGACAGCAUCCAGAAAGAGUGAAGCAUUGUCAGCAACUGUUACUGCUUUCUUAAGACUGACCCACAAAAGAAACACGAUGUUAUUCAUAAUAAAAGGAAGUUGCAACAGCAAAAUGAAAUGUUAAUAUUGUUUGAUUAAAUUUUCCACAUGGAAAUACAUGCUAUGUUAUAUGUAUAUAAUAUUUCUAGAUUUUUUUUUGUAAUAUAUUCAGGAUAAACUUAUUAUGAACGUCAGUAAUACUGAUAUUGUUUGUAACAUUUGGUAUGGUAGGAACUUUCUUGUGGAAUAUUUCUAGUACUUGGGCCCUGUCGUGAUUUGGGUCACAGAGUUAAUAUUGCAAGUGAAUGACAUCAUCUUAGAAGUGCCAAGACAGUAACCCAAUUUGAUUUGUGAGGCCAGGGUGUACAAAUAGUUUCCUUUCAGAACACAUCAUGGCGCACAGUGCAUUAAUAUUUUUAUUAAUAAUCAGACUAUCUUCCUUCAUGUAGAUGGGAUAGUCUUUAAAUUGGAGAACAUUUGGUAUAAAGGAAAAUUAAUCUGUGUUGUAUUAAAUAUUAGCUAGAAGCAUUUAUUAGAAUAAGAGACACCAGGUAUACAAGCAGAAUGUAAACAUUAAUGAACCCCUCCACACAAACUUCUAGCAGACCUCGCUCAGGAGAUUUGCUGUGUGAUGCUCAUCUUUCAUGUAUACUUGCAAGUCAUUAUUCUGAUAAGAUUCUCUGAAGUUAUGUAUUCUAACAAAUUUUGAUCACAUGUGUAACACUCUGUGCUAAGUUAUUCUUGAAAGAGAGAAGCAACGCAAAUUGGAUAAUAAUGUCAAUGAGUAUGAAUUACUGAGCAAUAUAAGAUUCUAGUUGUGAAGGUAUAUAUUAGUCUACUUUAUGUGUUUGAUUUUCUGUACUGAUUUAUAUGUUUAAUUUAGAAGAAAUGCAAUGUGAAACAUUUUCAGUAAUGUACAGCUUGAUAAGAUUGGGCUUGAGGUUUAUGUUGAACACCACGUAAGCACACGUGAGCCGAGAUCUUCAAACUAUUUGCUUGAAGUAAUUACAUGCUCAUUAUCUGUAAGUCAAUCUAAAACUUAAAUUGUGGUGAAUAAAUAUGCAUCUGUGCUAGAAAGUAUACUACAUUAUUUUUCAGACAAGACACAGUUGCAAGGUGUUAUGUAUUUCUUGCUAUGUAGGAGUAUGAUCAUUAAGAGAUAAGCUCUUUUGUUUGAAUAUACUACUUAUGACUGAUAUAAUACUUUUAUAAUGCGUGAACGCUGACCACCAAAGAAAAAUUUGAUGACCUUGGAACACGCAUAUUUCUGUCAAAAAUGUCCAACAAUAUUUUUGCUUUUGAUCUUUCAUUUAAGCUGAGAUCCGAGCUCAUGCUCCCCUCUGUCACAUAUGCUGAAUAAAUCUCUAUUUGCAAUGGAACUGAAGUUCAUGGGUGGACUCUCACGGCUUGAUUAACUGCUUAUAGUGAUCUUUGACAUGAGCCUUACCAAAAUGCCCACUUUUGUUUCUACAUACUAAAAAUAUUUAUUAAUUUAUUGAACUAAAGAAUUUUAUUUUGUUCCCAGUGAAUAUGAACAGAACAAGAAACACAUUAUUUGAUUAUGUUGAGAGAUGUUCUGACCUUAUAGUUGUAUAAAGUCAUUGUUAAAAUCA